GCCUUGGGGAAAAUGCUUGGUCAUCACCUUUAAUUCGAGGUCGGUCGGUGCAAGGUCUCAUCCACCGCAUCGCGUGCUCGAGUCGGCCAUACGGUGCAGCCACCUACAGCAUAGCACAAUCCAGCCGUCAUCGAUUACUCAGUACUCAUCAGUGGCAGCUGCAUGGCAUCUACAACCCCUUCGAGUUCUUCUCACGGGCCACUACUACUACGCGGACUGCAUUGUUGUACUUUUUACUUUUUGCUAGUCUCCAGGCUCCAUUUUAUUUAUUACUAUUGUAUCUGCAGUGCCCGCAUCUCGGGUCGGCAAGUCGUCGCAUCAGCCGGAUCAAUUAUGAUUUUGUUUUUACUCCAUGUCUACAUUUUGACUUAAAAAGCAUCGAUCGCAUACCUUUGUGCCUCAACCGCCAACAGUGACGACAACGCCACCUCACAAUCUUACACUCCCUGUUACACUACGGGACUUUUUAUUUCUUUAUUUUGGCAUUCUGGCAUUCUGGCAUGCUUUGUCGUCGUCUGUCUUGUUCCCUUGGUCCAGCAUUGGGAGACGAUUUAGCAUAUUGUUACGCCAUUAUAUUAUAUUGCCGAGGUUGAGGACUGUUUGUUCCUCGUUGCGGUGGCAUUGUGUCCCUUGACUCAGGACAGUGGACUUUGACUCAACGCGUCAGUUGGAAAGAGUUGUUGAAGGGAUUGUGCGAGCCCGCACUAAAGGGAAACAAGACUUCGCUGGUCCUUGCAGUUGUUCAUACUUUGCAUCGCAUCUGAAAGAGGCAGUUUGUACUCAUCAAAAUGCCAGACCAAGCGGAGGAAACGCUAGGGGCAGCGGCCGAGGGCCUACAAGCCGAGGAAAAUAUGCCUUCAGCAGAACGCGAAGGCCAGACAACAACAAACUCGACAGUCCCCAAGAACACACCCUCGUCUCCUACCGAGAGCAACAACGGGGCAUCUGACAAGUCGUCCGACAAGGAGGAAAACGUGCCAGUGUCGCCGAUGGAAGAAACAUCACCUCCACCCGAGAAACACGACCGACCGGACCUCGCGCGAACAGAGUCACGAGCCGACAAGUUCUCCAAGGGACGGAUAUUCAUCGUCAUGUUUUCUCUAGGCAUGGCACUAUUUCUGGCAGCGUUGGACGUCACCAUCAUCACGACGGCACUGCCCACCAUCGCAGACCAUUUCCAAGCCAGCGCGGCAGGAUACACAUGGGUGGGUAGCGCAUACUUGUUAGCAAACGCCGCGAGCGUGCCUCUCUGGGGUAAAAUCUCAGACAUAUGGGGCCGCAAGCCGAUCAUCAUGCUUGCGAACGUGAUUUUUCUCGCAGGCAGUCUGAUCGCCGCGUUGAGUACCUCGAUCGGCAUGCUGAUUGGGGCACGAGUGAUUCAAGGUAUUGGCGGAGGCGGGCUCGUGAUUCUCGUCAACAUCUGCAUUGCAGAUCUGUUCAGCAUGCGCGACCGGCCCAAGUACUACGGGUUCAUGGGCAUGGUGUGGGCAAUCGCAUCGGCGCUGGGCCCCGUGGUAGGCGGAGCAUUUACCGAAGGUGUAUCAUGGCGAUGGUGCUUCUACAUCAACCUUCCACUCGACGGCGUGUCGUUGAUCCUGCUUACUUUCUUCCUCAAGCUCGACACGCCCAAGACACCCUUCUGGGCGGGCAUCCAAGCCAUUGACUGGAUCGGGGUGAUUACUAUUGUCGGCGGCGUCGUCAUGUUUUUACUCGGUAUGGAAUCCGGCGGCGUCACUCACCCCUGGGACAGCGCAUAUACCUUGUGCUUGAUCAUCUUUGGAAUCGUGACGCUAGGUCUGUUCCUGGUGAAUGAGUGGAAAUUCGCAAAAUAUCCAAUCAUCCCACUCCGCCUGUUUCGGGACCGGUCGAACCUGGCAUCUUUGGGCGUGUGUUUCGUCCACGGGUUUGUGUUUAUCGCCAGCUCGUAUUAUUUGCCCGUCUACUUCCAGACGGUGCUGGACGCGACCCCGAUCCUCAGCGGAGUGUAUCUGUUUGCAUUGGUGUUGAGUCUGUCGUUCGCCUCGGCGUCCGUGGGCAUCGUCAUCAAAAAGACAGGCCGGUACCGCGAACCCAUUUGGUUUGGCCUGGUCAUGAUGACUCUCGGGUAUGGACUGUUCAUCGACCUCGAGCCGCGCGCCAACUGGGCGAAAAUCAUCAUUUACCAGAUCGUCGCGGGUGUGGGCGUCGGCCCGAAUUUUCAGAGUCCUCUGAUCGCCCUGCAGAGCCAUGUCAAGGGCCACGACAUCGCCGUCGCCACGGCACUGUUCGGCUUCGUCCGCAACCUGUCUACUUCGGUCUCGGUCGUGUUGGGCGGUGUGGUCGUCAACAACGAACUCGCGAAGAAAUAUUCAGGGUUGCGCAAAGUCCUUCCCCCGGCCGACGCUGCCCGGUUGACGAGUUCCAGCUUCGGCUCGACCACGUCUUUUGUCCGCUCCCUCCACGGUGUGCAGAAGCAGGCCGUUAACGAGGCUUAUACGUCGAGUCUGAGGUCUAUGUGGAUCUUCUAUACUGCCUUUUCGGCCUUUGGGAUUUUUGUCUCGCUGUUCAUCACACGCAAGGAACUUAGUCGCACGCAUGAAAAGGCCCGCACUGGCAUCGAGGAGCAGGAGCGGAUCCGUCGGCAAGAGGAUGCGGAACGGAAGGCCCGGCGGUCAAAAGGAGCCACAGCGGAUCUUGACACCGAGAGAGGUGUUUGAGGCGCAUCUGGUUACUUGUGCUACUUAGCAUAGUCUUGCGUCUUUGGUUCUAAUCGUGGCCCUCAUAUCCUGGGAUUCAUAUGUACGAUAGAUUGGGUACUAUGGCGCCAAAAGAAUCACCAAGUCAAAAGUGCAAGUUAUCAAUUCAAACAACAUUGUGUUCGUGGUGUGGUAUUCUCGACGUCGACACCCUUGCACCCACGCUUUCUGCAUUGGAUGUUCCCAAACGGUGCGGAUGGCAUGCUAUCAUGGGACGUCCCACGGCCGCUUAAGAACUUCUGUCCAGUAGUACAACCAGCAAAUACUGUGCCUCCUAGUAAGCAGGUAACAGGUUACAAGUGCGCAAAAGGUGUCAAAUACACUGCGUCGGCGGAUUGAUGAGAAUAAACAAACAUCAGUGCGGUAACUAAUAUUGGUAGUACAUAAGGGCAAUGCUCUACAAAGUCGUCACCGCCCUCAAAAACGAGGCCUUCCAUGACAGAUGCCUCUGCUACCUGUAUCCAUGGCUUCAUGUAUGCGCCAUCUUUGGCGCUUGGAACGAAGUUAAUUUUUUUGAGCGGUUCCCUUUUCGCUGCUGUUGGUUUGUCCAGCUGCUGCAUGGACUGGAAGCCUUCUUCGAGGGCCGUCUCUGACCACCUAUGUCUGCGCGGAAUUUUGGAUUGUUUCUGUCUUGAGGACAGGUCUAGGAAGAAGUCUGUUGUCCCAUUCCACCGGGAGGGAAGGUAAAUUCCAUCGAGGCGGCUCAUUCCUUGUUGUGGUGACAGCUGUACUGUGCUGUGCUGUGGCGCGGGCCGUGCUUUGGAGGGACCAGUGCAAUCUGGCUUGUUGGGAACGGGGUUGAUUCGCCUCAUGUGUAGGAGUAGGGUCGAGCAAGAAGAGACCAAUGUCCACGCGCUGGAGUGGAAAGCCGUUCAGUUCACACAAACCGGUGGCCCCGGAUGACCAAGCUAGAUCGUAAGCUGCGAAUCGCGCUUGAUUUCAACGAUCAUUGAUGUCCAGGUAGAACGGCGUCUGUAGAUGCUGGUACAAAAGCCCGAACAGUUCGUCG